CGCGCACGGGCUGGUCUCUGCCCUAAUGCGGUGGCUGGCGGCGAGAGGCGCUGCAGGGGACUCGGGGGAAGUGGCGGCGACCGCAGCGGACAGCACGGACUGCGCCCCGAGCCGGAGCCCGAGCCCUCGGAGGUUAAACUGGAGGGAGGCUUCUCACAGUUCCCUGAUUCCAGGAACAGGAAGAGGAGGCAACUGUACCGGGAGGUUGAUUGACUUAUGUGCAGCUUGGGGCCCUGGAGCUUUCCUGCCCUCUGCACACUGCCGCAGAGCCACCCCUGGUGCUGUGAGGAAGAGGCUGAAGGAGGUGGAGGAGCUGAGCUCUAUCCCGAAAGCCCACGUGGAGCAGCUGGAGAGAGCAAGAGCCCGAGGGCUGGGGAGCAGAGAGCGGGGCCUGGUGCCGAGGAUGGCCAGGCAGCAGCCGCCGCCCUGGGUCCAUGCAGCCUUCCUCCUCCUCCUCCUGAGUCUUGGUGGGGCCAUUGAGAUUCCUAUGGAUCCAAGCAUUCAGAAUGAGCUGACCCAGCCUCCAACUAUCACCAAGCAGUCAGUGAAGGACCACAUCGUGGACCCCCGUGACAACAUCCUGAUUGAGUGUGAGGCGAAGGGGAACCCUGCCCCCAGCUUCCACUGGACUCGAAACAGCAGAUUCUUCAAUAUCGCCAAGGACCCACGGGUGUCCAUGAGGAGGAGGUCGGGAACCCUGGUGAUUGACUUCCGCAGUGGUGGGCGGCCCGAGGAGUAUGAGGGCGAAUACCAGUGCUUUGCCCGCAACAAAUUCGGCACAGCCCUAUCCAAUAGGAUCCGCCUGCAGGUGUCCAAAUCUCCCCUGUGGCCCAAAGAAAACCUGGACCCUGUUGUGGUUCAGGAAGGCGCCCCCUUGACACUGCAGUGCAACCCGCCUCCCGGCCUUCCAUCCCCGGUUAUCUUCUGGAUGAGCAGCUCCAUGGAGCCCAUCACCCAGGACAAACGCGUCUCCCAGGGCCAUAACGGAGACCUGUACUUCUCCAACGUGAUGCUGCAGGACAUGCAGACGGACUACAGCUGCAACGCCCGCUUCCAUUUCACCCACACCAUCCAGCAGAAGAACCCCUUCACCCUCAAGGUCCUCACCAACCACCCCUAUAAUGACUCGUCCUUAAGAAACCACCCUGACAUGUACAGUGCCCGAGGAGUUGCAGAAAGAACACCCAGCUUCAUGUAUCCCCAGGGUACCUCAAGCAGUCAGAUGGUGCUUCGCGGCAUGGACCUUCUGCUAGAGUGCAUCGCUUCUGGGGUCCCAACACCAGACAUCGCAUGGUACAAGAAAGGUGGGGACCUCCCAUCUGACAAAGCCAAGUUUGAGAACUUUAACAAGGCACUGCGCAUCACCAAUGUCUCAGAGGAAGACUCUGGGGAGUAUUUCUGUCUGGCCUCCAACAAGAUGGGCAGUAUCCGGCACACGAUCUCGGUGAGAGUAAAGGCUGCCCCCUACUGGCUGGAUGAACCCAAGAAUCUGAUCUUGGCUCCUGGAGAAGAUGGCAGACUGGUGUGCAGAGCCAAUGGGAACCCCAAACCCACUGUCCAGUGGAUGGUGAACGGGGAGCCUUUGCAGUCGGCACCACCCAACCCAAACCGCGAGGUGGCUGGUGACACCAUCAUCUUCCGGGACACGCAGAUCAGCAGCAGGGCCGUGUACCAGUGCAACACCUCCAACGAGCAUGGCUACCUGCUGGCCAAUGCCUUCGUCAGUGUGCUGGACGUCCCACCUCGGAUGCUGUCACCCCGGAACCAGCUCAUGCGGGUGAUCCUUUACAACCGGACACGGCUGGACUGCCCAUUCUUUGGGUCUCCUAUUCCCACCCUGCGAUGGUUUAAGAAUGGGCAGGGAAGCAACCUGGAUGGUGGCAACUACCAUGUCUAUGAGAACGGCAGCCUGGAAAUUAAGAUGAUCCGCAAAGAGGACCAAGGCAUCUAUACCUGUGUUGCCACCAACAUCCUAGGCAAGGCUGAAAACCAAGUGCGCCUGGAGGUCAAAGACCCCACCAGGAUCUUCCGGAUGCCUGAGGACCAGGUUGCCAAGAGGGGCACCGCAGUGCAGCUGGAGUGCCGCGUGAAGCACGACCCCUCGCUGAGGCUCACUGUCUCCUGGCUGAAGGAUGACGAGCCGCUCUACAUUGGAAACAGGAUGAAGAAGGAAGACGACUCCUUGACCAUCUUUGGUGUGGCAGAGCGAGACCAGGGCAGCUACACAUGUGUGGCCAGCACCGAGCUGGACCAAGACCUGGCCAAGGCCUACCUCACCGUGCUAGCUGAUCAGGCCACUCCAACUAACCGUUUGGCUGCCCUGCCCAAAGGACGGCCAGACCGCCCCCGGGACCUAGAGCUCACCGACCUGGCCGAGCGGAGUGUGAGGCUCACCUGGAUUCCAGGAGAUGAUAACAACAGCCCCAUCACAGACUACAUCGUCCAGUUUGAGGAGGACCAGUUCCAACCAGGGGUCUGGCAUGACCAUUCCAAGUUCCCAGGCAGUGUGAACUCAGCUGUCCUCCAGCUGUCCCCCUAUGUCAACUACCAGUUCCGGGUCAUUGCCAUCAAUGAGGUCGGGAGCAGCCACCCCAGCCUCCCAUCUGAGCGGUACCGAACCAGCGGAGCACCCCCGGAGUCCAAUCCCAGCGAUGUGAAGGGAGAGGGGACCAGGAAGAACAACAUGGAGAUCACAUGGACGCCCAUGAAUGCCACUUCCGCCUUUGGACCCAACCUGCGCUACAUCGUCAAGUGGAGGCGGAGAGAGACUCGAGAGACGUGGAACAACGUGACGGUGUGGGGCUCCCGUUAUGUGGUGGGGCAGACCCCUGUCUAUGUGCCCUACGAGAUCCGGGUCCAGGCUGAGAAUGACUUUGGGAAGGGCCCAGAGCCUGACACUGUCAUCGGCUACUCCGGAGAAGAUUAUCCCCGGGCCGCGCCCACUGACGUUAAGGUCCGAGUCAUGAACAGCACAGCCAUCGGCCUGCAGUGGAACCGGGUCUACUCCGACACGGUCCAGGGCCAGCUCCGGGAGUACCGAGCCUACUACUGGCGGGAGAGCAGCUUGCUGAAGAACCUGUGGGUGUCUCAGAAGAGACAGCAAGCCAGUUUCUCCAGUGACCGCACCCGGGGUGUGGUGGGCCGCCUCUUCCCCUACAGUAACUACAAGCUGGAGAUGGUUGUGGUCAAUGGGAGAGGCGAUGGGCCCCGCAGUGAGACCAAGGAGUUCACCACCCCGGAAGGAGUACCCAGUGCCCCCAGGCGUUUCCGAGUCCGGCAGCCCAACCUGGAGACAAUCAACCUGGAAUGGGACCAUCCAGAACACCCCAACGGGAUCCUGACUGGAUACACCCUCAAAUAUGUGGCCUUUAAUGGAACCAAGUUGGGAAAACAGAUAGCAGAAAACUUCUCUCCCAACCAGACCAAGUUCUCCGUGCAGAGAUCGGACCCUGUGUCACGCUACCGCUUUACCCUCAGCGCCAGGACACAGGUGGGCUCUGGAGAAGCAGUCACAGAGGAGUCUCCAGCACCUCCCAAUGAAGCUACUCCAACUGCAGCACCUCCCACGUUGCCCCCGACUACCGAGGGUGCGAUAGGCGCUGUGGGCAGUACUGCCGCUGCUGCCACCACCGAAGCCACAACAGUCCCCAUCAUCCCAACUGUCGCACCUACCACCAUCGCUACCACCACCACCGUCGCCGCAACUACUACAACCACUGCCGCCGCCGCCACCACCACCACCACGGAGAGUCCUCCCACCACCGGCACCAGGAGUAAGAUGCAGGAAUCCGCCCCCGAUGAGCAGUUCAUAUGGAAUGUCACGGUGCUCUCCAACAGUAAAUGGGCCAACAUCACGUGGAAGCACAACUUCGGGCCCGGAACCGACUUUGUGGUUGAGUACAUCGACAGCAACCAUACAAAAAAAACUGUCCCUGUUAAGGCCCAGGCCCAGCCUAUACAGCUGACAGACCUCUAUCCCGGGAUGACAUACACGUUGCGGAUUUAUCCCCGGGACAACGAGGGCAUCAGCAGUACCGUCAUCACCUUUAUGACCAGUACAGCUUACACCAACAACCAGGCAGACAUCGCCACCCAGGGCUGGUUCAUUGGGCUCAUGUGCGCCAUCGCCCUCCUGGUGCUGAUCCUGCUCAUCGUCUGCUUCAUCAAGAGGAGUCGAGGCGGCAAGUACCCAGUUCGAGAAAAGAAGGAUGUUCCUCUGGGCCCAGAAGACCCCAAGGAAGAGGAUGGCUCCUUUGACUACAGUGAUGAGGACAACAAGCCCCUGCAGGGCAGCCAGACAUCUCUGGACGGCACCAUCAAGCAGCAGGAGAGUGACGACAGCCUGGUGGACUAUGGCGAAGGCGGGGAGGGUCAGUUCAACGAAGAUGGCUCCUUCAUUGGCCAGUACACGGUGAAAAAGGACAAGGAGGAGACAGAGGGCAACGAGAGCUCAGAGGCCACGUCACCCGUCAAUGCCAUCUACUCUCUGGCCUAAAGGAAGCCACCAAGCACAGCCACUACUUUGCAAGUGGGAGGAGGGGAGAGAAGGAGAUGAAGCCACUGCAGACCUACCACAGAGCCGCCACCACCUUCCGGGACAAGGGUACAAUACGGGGGUCUGCCACACCGUGAGGACCAGCGACCACCCAGCCACCCACAACCCCCUCCCCAUGAGCUCUCACCCCGCUGUGUGCCACCAGUACAGGAGAGCUAGAGCCCUGGCAGCGCUCACGAGAAGGAGCCCCGUCCCUCGCCACACCCCACCACACUGCCCCUCCACCAGGCACACAUGCUCACCUGUUUCUGUUGGCUACAGGACUUUCCGUUGUCUCCAGUUUUUUCAUUUUUUUCUUUGUGCAUCUUUCCCUCCAGACCCAGUGUCUCCAUUCUCUUUCUUUCUGUUUUGUAAGAAACGUCCCUGGCAAAUAAAGGAUAGGUCGCUUCUCCCCCAAGAAACCACAGUGAUAGACAAAGAGGAAUGAGCCGAAACCGGACAGAGAGAAAAGCUGUAGUAUUCAAACCGCUGCCGGGCCAACGUGUUUCCGAAGGAUGCCUUUCUUGCCGUAUGCCUCUCCUCACUCCAGACCCAUCCACCUCGGCCUUGUAAGCUGCUGAGCUGGGCUUGGCUUUUUUCUGGAAAGUGACAGUAUUUUGGGCAGGGAGAGGAUGGGCAGGCCUUCUUGCCUCUCUCUGGUUCAGUUAGCGAGUUUACCUCUGCCUCCUCGUUCUUACCCUGCCCCGCCUCUGGAGUGUCCGCGAGUACGCUGCGCUGACUGAAGGCGAAGGUGGGGAACAGCAGGUACUGAUGGGCAGGACUGCGGCGACUGGGCCUCAAGCCGAAGAUAGUCAGGGCCCGGAUCCCUCGGGAGCUGCGCGCCCCUGGAGAGAAUCGAAGGGUUGGGUUUGGACAUCAGUGAAACCCAGGAUUCGGGAGAGAGGACCACACCUUCUGUGUCUGGAGUAGAGGCACCUGCCCACCUGGCUGGGGUCUAUGCUGCUACCCUCAAGGAGAUAGAGCCCUGUGUGCAGAGGCCUGGCUGGUGUGUUCGGGGGUGUGAAGCGCUGCUUCUCUUCCAUCCCUAGAAGUUAUCCCCCUCUGUCAGUUCUGUGUGAUGUUGAAACUUGUGCUUGACCUUGUGUGUAGAUGGGGACUGCUGCCCCUCUCUGUCCUUUGUGAGGGUAUGUACCUAUCGGAGGACCCUGAGGUGACCAUCCCUACAGUGCUGUGAUGCCCCUGCCUGGGGAGGACUUGAUGCUCUUCAUAUGCCUUAUGCAGCUCUGAUCUGUCCCUGGAGUUCCCAGUUUCCCAGCCCAACCCUGCAAGCCUUGAAGCCUCUAGUGAUGUCUGUCUCAGGAUCAGGGCAGCCUAUGCAAGUGUCCCUGCAAGACCAGAAGCAGCCACUCCGCACAUCCCCUCACCCCGUUGCCCAAGUGGAGACACUUGCAGACCUGCAGUUCUCAGACCGAAGGUGCUGCCUUCAUCCUUCCCACCUAAUCCAUUUUUGAAACCAAAGGUACCUAGCCUCAGUGAUGCAGAGAGGGGGAGAGCUUGAGCCCAAGCAUGCCCCUGCAGCUGCUCCUGUGGCUGGAGUCAGUUUCAGGAGGGUUAGGCUCAUCCCCAAGUAUGGAUCAUCUGCCGCUAAUUUGAGCCUCCAGCUACAGCCAGGGGGCCUGGGCAGGACCAGGGCUGUGUCCUUCAGAGACUUUAUUAAACCAUCAUUUGCCACAUGUUUAAGCCGCAGAGGUAUUAGCAAUGCUUGCAUCACCUAAUCAUUCAAUUGAAGGUCAAGCCCAUAGACGCACAUUCUGUCUGCAGAUAAGAAAUCAUAGGCCAAAGCUGAGCCAGUAAUGUUGCUUGAACCUGAGGGUGUUCCUUGGCCCCAGCUGUGGCCCAGGUGUGCUGCCUGGGAGCCCAAGGGACAGCUCCAUCAUGAUGAAAGGGGACAGGGUAAAGAAAUGGGGGCAGGGGGUGAGCUCAGAGUCCCCUCCCCCAGCUUUCUUCUCACACCUGCAGGGAUGCAGGUGGGCAUUCCUCUAGCCCUGGCCCACUGUCCUGGAAGGGAGUGUUGGGGAAGUGUGCCUGUGAGCUGAAUUAAAGGACCGGGCUUUCCAGAAAAUGCUCUGGGCCUGAGCAGAGUGGACAAUUUCUCAGGUCCCCAUUCUGCACUGCAUUGUGCAUGCUAGUGAGCCCAUGGCACUGAGAGCAGGCUCCUAGGGCAGGAAGGGAUGUUAGAUAUCAUCGUAUCUACCCCCUUGUCUCAGGAAGUUCUGCUAGGUAGGCUGAUAAUUGGAAAAGGCUCUGUCUUAGGGGUCCUGGGGAGAGGUGGGUUCUCUGGUUGUCUCUGCAUCCCAUCCCAGAGUCCUGGCAUGAGCUGUGCCAUCCUCUCGGAGUGUUGUUUUGUGCUUGCUGACAGCUGCCCCUCAUCACCACAUGAUCACAGUCCUCCAGGCAGGAGCAGAUCUGGGCCUGAAGAACCAAGGUUUCCCCAAGCAAAGGUGGCAGAUUCUCAGAGGGGUCAGACUCUGAGGUGUGAGGUUGCAGGAUUGGGGAAGAAAGGAGACGCUUUCUGAGUCCACCCCAGUUCAGCAGGACACCAGUAUUGCCCAACACUCCCUACUAGCUGGAUCUCUCAAACAAACACCCCAGAACAUUACCAACAACAAUCCUGUCUGGCUGGGGGUAGGGGAAAAGGUGUAGGUCACCUUGCAGUGACUCUAGGCUGCCAACCCACCUGUGUGCUCAGCCCCGAGCGUGAUGGCUGCCUGCACUCUCAUCCGUCCAUCCAUGAAAUACUCUGUGAACGUCUAGUCUGGGCUGAGGCCUGUUCCCCGAAUACCUUGGUGACCAAGGUCUGAGAUGGUCCCUGCCUGUGCAGGGCUGACAUUACUGUCACUGACUUUUGGGGCACAGUGGCCAUUGAGUUGGGAGCAUUCUGCCCUCUGUUGUUUGAGCUACUGAUGACUCCACGCUGGAAGGAAAGGGCUUCCCGGGGAGAACUUGGUCCAUCUGCUUAGCAGCUCUAGGCAGGACCGGGAAGGCGUGACCUGCUGGCUGAUUGAGGAAUAGUCUUGCCCUCUGGGGCAAGCUGCUCAAUCUCUCUGUGUUCUGGUGCCCAUUCAGUCCCUCUUUUGGAUACUUUCCUGCACAGAGGACAUGGGCCACCUGAAAAGCAGGGAAGCCGGAUUGGAACCAGCUGCCCUCCACUUUGCCUUAGUUAUGGUGAACAGGACUCACCCCUCCCCGCCUUGCUAUUGUGGAGAUGGCUGACUUUAAGCUAAAGGGAGAGCCAGGCCAACUCCCUCCCUUGCCCAUCUCCUCUGCCCUGAGAGGUUGGAGACAUCUGGUCUACCCCCUGCAUGGCAAGUCCUGAGGUUUGGAAAAGUGACCACACAGCCAAGAGCUGUGCAGUGCUCGCCUUGUUCCCCAACAAGAGCAGCAUGGGCCCAGGAAGUGCAUUUCCUGUGUUCCUGACCACAGCUGGGGAAGGGCUGGAGAUGGACCCAUUGGUGUGUGUGCGUUUCCAGCUGAGUAACAGGCUACCCUGCCAUGCCAAGCACCCACGCAUGCACAUAUGCAUGCAGCAGACCACAGCCCAGUUGCAGAGCCACGCUUACAGCAGGGAACAGCACCGGGGACAGCAUCUUGCAAAGUGUGAGUCCGAUUCUGGGCUCAGGAGAUGUGAUGCAAAGGGCUGUGUGUGGGAGUGAUGCACGGCUUGAGGAAGAGGAGAGAUCACCAGGACUGGGCCUUGCUGGGGUGAUUCCUGUGGCACAACCUAGAGAGAGGGCAAUCUGAAGGAGUAGGAAAUGCUCCCCAAGAGUGGCACAGGCUGCAGCUCUGUUCAGUUCCUCCUGGAAUGUUGUCCUAAGCCAGACUGAGUCUUAGAAUGUCUCAAACUGCCAGUUGAUGGAAGCACCAAGGACACUUUUGUCUCAGCCUUUGUGAGGCCGCUUUGCUGACACUGAAAAGAAGUGAAGCUUCUCCAGCCCUUUGUGGGUCUGGAGGUCGGAGAACAGCAGAUUCCCAGAGGCCACUCUCCACCCACGACACCUUGUGGUGGGCACCGUGUAACCAGCCGCUACCAAACACAAGCCCACAGGUGUGGUGAGGCCUUCCCAGUUCGGCACACAGGGUGAUUUUGUUUUAGUGAAGCCGAGGACCCUGCAUGAGCUUCACAUGAUGGCUUAGGAGCACCAUGUCAGAGGUCCCUGACUUGAAAAAGAAAAAGAGAAAUAGGACUGGAGCCAGUGAAGCAAAGAGCUUGAAGUGACAGGGGGAGGCUCCGUGUGCCAGGAGGUACAGGCCAGUUGGGCAGAGCCAAACUCCUGGGCAGCCCCUUCCCUUAAACUAAACAGGGGCCACCCCAUGUGAGUUAGAACAGGACUGUGGUUGUCCCCACCCUGGACAACCCAGGGAAGUAAGUGCCCUUUCUUUUCCUCCUCUUCUAAGAAAGGACCUUCCUGCAACACCUUCAGGAGAGGAGCCCCCAGGGGAAGGAGGGAGCCACCCAGGGAACCAAGCCAGUCACCAGUGUCCCCAGCCACAACCGAAGCCAGGGCUCCUCUUAUCCAUCCAUUAGUAUUAAAUGGAUGUUCCACGAUGAUAGGAUGGAAAUGAAACAGAUACAAUGGCGUCUAGCCUAGGACAGAUUCAGAUUUCAGCUUGUGAGGGAAUCUCAGCACUGAUCUAAUUGAAGUGACUCACUGUGCAGACAAGGAACUGAAAAUGCAGGGAGGUGAAGGGGUGGGCUUGAGAGGGCAGAGCUGGUAAGUCAAGGUAGGACUAGGGCUUGACCUUGGGCCUUCUGAUUCCUUGCCCAGUGCCCUUUAUCUCCCUACAGCUGCCUCCUUGGAGACAGGCAUUACUGUCCCGUGCUCCACCCUGUCGAUCCUCUACCAUUUCUCUCACGUUGCCCAGCAGCUCCGAAAUGAAAGACAGAAAGGAUUUUUCUGAGUCCGAGAUCAGUCUGUGUGUGACAGUCUGUGUUUAACCCAGGCGGCAGUUGUGGGCAGCCCCCAGGCCAGUAGCCUAGAAUGUUGAGCUGAUUAGCAUUUGUGACUGUGAAACCUAGACCGUACUCCCAGAACGGCGUCUCUUGCUGUGUCGCACAUCGGGCCCUGAGCACAAGCAGGGCUGGAAGUGGGGUCGCAGCAGGGCUCUCCUGUCCAUUCUGCCCUUGGUCACAGGGUGCUGAGGGACAGCAGGGCUCAGGCAAGCUGGCCAUGCUGGCAUUUGCUGGGCUGGAAGAUUUAAAGACUGGAGUAAAGCAAUAAACACAAAAGUCUGGGAGAAGAGAUCCAGAAUUUUGUGCACUACUGUGUCUCUUUUUCAAAUAUGAUGCAGAUCAGAUGAGCCUGACUGCUGUCUUUUUUCUGAUUCCCAAAUGCAAUGUCCUCAGUCAGUGUUGUCCCUCUGCCCAGCUCCCCAGCUCUUUGCCAACUUCUUGCUCCUUUCGAGCUGAGCAUCAGUCGCCUGUGACACGGCCACCUUCUGUUCUGGUCCCACCCCCAACCACGCUGGACCCUGGAGGACCUCAUGCUCUGUCCCCACCACCCCCAUGCGUUCUUCUCAGUGGGGAAGUUUUUUCCCUAUGUUUCCAUACUUCCCCCAUUUCCACCCACUCACACAUUGGUCUGAUCUUUUUUCUGUUGGUUAAACAUUUAACUCUGAUGGCACAACUUAUGUUAACCCCUCUCACAUCAUGUUCUUUCCUUUUUUGCGAGUGACCUUGCAUUAACCAACUGUGUUGGCGACAGAUGCAUUAUCUGAGGGUGUCACGCAUGACCUUCAGCAGGGAAGACUUCUGGGCCAUGGAGGACCGUCUAAUACAUGGACUUAUAAACUGACUGCAUGAACAAUGAAAAGGCCAAAUUAUUCAGAAUUUUUUUUGAAUCACUGUAAAAAAACUGAUUUCUUUUGUAUAGAAAACACUAAACGUAUAAUAAAAGUUGUUCAAAAUGGA